CGCUCUGGUCGUGGUCGCAAAGCAGGUGCUUGUGUCCUACCUGAACUCCUCUCUAACGGAUCUCGCCAACAACAGCACGAUGGUGAGCGUACAGAAGGUGCCGGUGAGCGUGAGCGCAGUGUUGGUGCUGAGCGUGGUGCUCAGUCUGCUCAGCGGAACGCUCGUGGACGCUCGACCGGAGCCAGCACAGCUCGUCGCAAUGGCGGAUGCUCUAAAAUAUCUACACCAGCUGGACAAAUAUUACUCUCAGGUGGCACGGCCAAGCACUCGGUCCGCCCCAGGGUCUAUGGUGACAGCACACGAUAUGGAGGAGACCCUGCGACGCUACCUCCAGUUGCAAGACCUCGGAAAAUUUUAUGUAAAUAAGGCACGGCCUCGAUUCGGCAAGAGAUCGGAAUCGACCCAGGGACCAUCAGAACAAGCGUUGUGGGAGGCGAGUGCGAGACUACUGGACUCGUACGGCGAGCAGCGCUGAGGCGGCAGAUGGUGUGAUGUUCCGGUGGUGCCAAAACCUUCACGACCAAAGGGCAUGUGCCCUGACUCCGCACUGAAAAAACCCUUCGUUCUUCAGAGUAAACAGCGAAAAUAUUUAUCUACAUUUCGAGUAUAACUUUCAAAUUUAGUAUUAAUAUAGACAAAUAACAUGGUGCUAGAAACCAUCACAGUAAUACCGGAGUCUGGAAUGAGGGAAUUGGAGCUGGUACAACUGAGCAAUCAAUUCAGCCAUUAUGCCCCAACGUCAAUAAAGAGAAUAAAGAAAUAGAAUUAUUUGAAUUCCUAGACUAGUACUAAAAUUCAGCUCGCUAAAGGCAAACGAAUGAGUUUUUUUUUAAAAGCGUGAAAAUUCUAGCAGUGUCGAAUUUAAAUGGAUAUACACCGAGAAAUUGUCAAAAUACAACGAAAAUUUUAUAACCAAUUUCAAAAAAUAAUUGAAUUUUACAGCACGUGUAUUUGUUUUAUUUACUCAGUUGUAUUCAAAUGAUAUGAAACGCAUUACCAACAUCGCAUUUACAUAGUGGAGCAGCGGACUGUAAACCGAGUCUUUAGAAGCGCUGCAAUACAAAAUCAAACCAUCGCAUUGCAUUCUUCACCUUGUGUUCAUCAAAGAAAGAAGCAAGCAGUGAUUGAAUAAUGUUCACAUCCUAACCAUAAUUUCAACUAGAAAUUUGCCAUGAAACUGGAACCCUUGACAAAAUAUAUUUCUUUGCCCUUUCCAAGUAAAACCGAUUUGGCA